GAGGUUUUUAUGGUCACAGGAUGCCCAGUGAGUUCUAGAGAUGGACUUGGGCAGGAGGAACCCCCAAGCCAACGCACUCAGCCCUUGUUUUCCCCCCAUCAGGAUUUGUCCUUCCCAAAGCUUGGGCGGAUGGAGGAGGAGGCUGCGAGGAAGAGGAAGAUGCCUUGGGCCCCCCAGGCAGGUGAGGAGGAAGUCAGUGUCCCUUUGGGCGGGUGUUGUGCUGGCUCUGUCAGCCGAGCAUGGCCCCGGCUGCAGGACAACCCCGCUGGCGCCACCGUCCUGCCGGGGCCGGAGUUGGGGGGAUGUCCUUGGCCUUCCCUGUGGGCCGGAGGCAAAUCCCCUGCCUGUCCUUCUUGCUUCCUGCCCCAGGCCCCGAGCUGAGGAUGGAGAGCCCGGAGGACAAAUCCCCCCGUGAGACCCUGGUGGGAGAGGCCGUUUUGAAGGGCUCCCCGGCGCAGGAAGGCAGCGGGGAGGAAAAGGGCCGGAGAUCCCCCCGCAGGAGGGGCUCCAAAGCCAUCCCAGGGUGUUCUGAGGAGGAAAGAGCCAGCCUGUGCCGGGAAGGCGGCCAGAGCUUGAGGGGGAGUUCUGAGCUGGUGAUCCCUGAGCAGCCUCCCAGCAGGGAGAAACCCUUCAGGUGUUUGGAAUGUGGGAAGAGCUUUAGGAGGAGCACCAACCUCCUCACCCACCAGCACAUCCACACUGGAGAACAUCCGUACACGUGUGGUCAAUGUGGAAAGAACUUCAGGAGCAACACCACUCUGAUCCAGCACCAGAUUAUCCACAGUGCGGAAAGGCCUUACAGAUGUGGGGAGUGUGGGAAGAGCUUCAGGCAGAGCUCCAGCCUCUGCAUCCACCAGCGCAUCCACACUGGGGAGCGGCCCUACAUGUGUGGGGAAUGUGGGAAGAGCUUCACUGACAGCUCCAACCUGAUCCGACACCAGCGUAUCCACACCAUGGAACGGCCCCACACGUGUGGGGAAUGUGGGAAGAGCUUCAUGCGAAAAUACCACCUCUUCACCCACCAGCGCUUGCACACUGGGGAACAGCCCCACACGUGUGGGGAGUGUGGGAAGAGCUUCAAUGACAGCUCUGGCCUCCAUGUGCACCGUCGCAUCCACACUGGGGAACGGCCCUACAAGUGUGUUGAGUGUGGGGAAAGCUUCAGGACCAGCUCCAGCCUCCGCUCUCACCAUCUCAUCCACAGCGGGGAACGGCCCUACAAGUGCUUGGAAUGUGGGAAGGGGUUUCAGACCAGCUCAGAUCUCUUGAAGCACAAGCCGACACACACAGGGGAGUGGGCCUUCCACUGCACCUACUGCGGGAAGGGCUUCAACCGGAACUCCACCCUUGUCACCCACCGGCGCAUCCACACUGGAGAGAGGCCCUACAAGUGUGGGGAGUGUGGGAAAAGGUUUAAACGCAGCUCACAUGUCAUCCAGCACCAGCGGACACACACGGAUGAGAGGCCCUUCCGCUGCACCGACUGUGGGAAGGGCUUCAACCAGAACUCCGCCCUCGUCACCCACCGGCGCAUCCACACCGGGGAGAGGCCCUACAAGUGUGAGGAGUGUGGGAAAAGCUUCACCGACAGCUCUGGCUUGACCCAACACCAACGGACCCACCAGUAAGGGAAGCCCCGACUGCGGGAAGAACAGUCGCUGCUUCCACCUUGAAUGAAGCCCCUGAUGUUGAGGCAACCCCUGGAGUCCAGUGACUGUCAGUCCAUCCCUUUUGACCACAAAGGGCCAGUCCCCUUUCACAGGGGCAGGUUCUUCCAACAGAACCCUUCCUGGGGGGUGUGUCGAGAUUCCUGCCUUGGCUGGGGACCGC